UUAAGAAGCUCAAACCCAUAGUUCACGUCAUCCUUUAUCAGGUUUUUAUAUAAAAAUUAUAGUUUAUAGACAGUAUGUCCCAUUAUGCUGUUGUUCUGCUUGAAUAGUAGAUGGCUCUUAGUACAGGUAUGCUGCAAAACAAGGUUAAAAACAAUAUGCCUUAUCCACAAGUGACAGUGAUAAGAUCGGAAAAUUUCCUGAGAUUUCUUGCCAUCUUGCUUAUUUACAUGCAAAUGGCGAGAUCACAAGAAUUUCUGGAAAUUUCAGACAGAAUUGUAGAGUUUGGUUACACAGAGGGACAAACGAAUCAUUUAAAGGAAAAACGAGAUGUGAACACAGUGAAUACCAAUAUGACACAAUACAUGAUAAUCGUAGAGGUGAAUGUGUCACAAGCAAUUUAUGACCAAAUCAGAUUAUCACUGCAGUCCAUGACUUCUUUUAAAAUUGACAACACCACAGAAAUCAACAGCUUUAAUAUUACAACAGUGUGCAGUUUGAAUAAUACUGAAUAUCAGUGCAGGUGUGAGGAUCAGUAUUUCUGGCCAUGUGAAAAGUGCACAAAAUAUGGGUCUUGUAAUAAUGACACCAGAUCCUCAUGUGGCUGCAUCAACGCUUUCCCAAAUGAUGGACAAUUCUGCCAACCAAACACUGAGUUGAUGAAUUCUUCUACAUGCAUAUCCACAACAACUCCAGCUAAUUAUCUGAUGGAAGUUGAGAUUGAUGCAUUAGAUAUAAUAGUCCUGAAUCAAUUAAGGGUCGAAUUGACAAGAUUUAGUUUCCCCAUAACAAAAAGUAAUGUCGAGUUUGUGGAACUUAACAUCACUACAGUGUGCAGUUUAAAUAAUACUAAAUAUCAGUGCAAGUGUGAGGAUCAGUAUUUCUGGCCAUGUGAAAAGUGCACAAAAUAUGGGUCUUGUAAUAACAUCACCAGUUCCUCAUGUGGCUGCAUCAACACUUUCCCAAAUGAUGGAUACUUCUGCCAGCCAACCAAUGAGUUAUUGAAUUCUUCUACAUGCAUAUCCACAACAACUCCAGUUUCAUCAACAACACCACCAGUUUCAUCAACAACACCACCAGUUCCAUCAACACCACCACCAGUUCCAUCAACACCAGAUUCAACUUUAAGUUUUGCAAUAACAAUAAAUGGAAUAUUUGAUGUCGAACUCACUGACAAAACUACUGCAACAUACAAAGACUAUGAUUCAAAAAUAAGGAAAUCAGUUGAUAGCAGCUUCAGGAAUGUUUUUGGCUAUGUGAAUAACUCUGCAAGCGUGACUGGCUUCAGAUCUGGCAGCAUCAUUGUAGACUUCACUAUUCAAACAACAAAUUCCAACCUGAAUUUGUCAUCAGUGAGCCAAACCCUUGUUAAAAAUCUCCGUGAUCAGGGAUUCUCUGUGAACGAUAAUGCACUCAGCCAAAGUGUGAACGGUGGACUAUACAACAUGACUGGCUAUAUAUAUCCUGGGAAAGAUCUCCUACUGACCUGCAGUCCUCCAGAGAGUAACAGCAUAAACUGGUACUUUGGUGACAUUAAUCUACAGUCAUCAAACCAAUAUGAAAUUAUUCAAAAUAAACUCAAUGUGAAGGAUGCAAGUGACAGUGUAAGUGGUCAGUACAAAUGCAUCACAACAGUAAAUUCUCUGCCCUAUAUUAUCUGGCAAAAUAUUCAAAUUGAGCCAUACCCCGAUAUCCAAGUGACCAGCAACAAAGUUGAAAAAUGUUCGGAUGCAACAAUCACACUGCAGUGUUGUGUUCAGAAGAGCUACCAGGUGCAAUGGAGCUCAGAAUGUAGCAAAACUUCAACAGACCCCCAGACAGGCUGUGAAUUAUGUGACUAUAUAGUUAAAGAAACAGAUUGCAACAAAAUUGAACAAGAAAUACAGUUCACAUGUCGACUCAAUACUUCAAUCGCCAAAACUAUCAACCCAAAGACCACCAUAAUAAAUGUAAAAAACCAACCAUUUCUCUGCUAUAAUAGUUUAUUUGGAGCUGGAAAUAAUGGAGAUACAGUCAAUGGUUCCUGCAGCAGUGACAAAGAAGGCUAUCAAAUAGCUCAGUGUAUUUCAAAUAAUUGGAACGUCAUAAAUGACCAGUGUGUUCUGCGGGUCUUCGUGAAUUUAUUGGCUGUAGCUGAGGUAUUAACAGUGGAAAACAUUAAAGAUUUUAUGAGCAACCUCAGCAGUACUGCUGCGUCAGAGAUUGGCAAUAUCACUGACUCUUCGGCAACCAUAGUAACAAUUGUAAAAAUACUGAACAUUGUUUCCAGUCUCUCACAAACAAUUUCUAUUGAUAAACCCAUUAUGGAGAAUUUCCUAAGCACAUCCGAUGUCAUUGGCUCAGACGGUGCACGAGGCCAAUGGAUGCUUAUAAACAAUAACAAUGCAAACAAGAAUAUUAGUUCCCUUCAUCUGGACUCGACUGAAAGCAUUGCCCGUAGACUCACGAAUGAAAGCGUUGACAUAACAACAAACCUUUCUUCUCUCAAUAAACUUUCCUUCAAAGGCCCUUUUACUGGAGUAUUUGGAAAAAAUUCAGCUACCCAAAUAAAUAUUCCAGCAAAUAAUGCACCGACGUCCUUCACAGUCAUCAUUUCUGAAGCUCUUGAUAAUAUCUUACCUGUUCGAAAUCUGACCUACAACAACAGCAGUCAAACUGGGACCAGCAUCAAUGGAGAUGUAGCUGUGAUUGAGACAAACACAACAAUUAACGACAUCUUACUUUCUUUUAAUGUAAAAAGUAAGACACUGGGAAGCCCUCAGUGUGUCUAUUGGAACUUCACACUUUUGAAUGGCAUUGGAGGAUGGGACACGACUGGAUGUCAACUAAAACCAGUAGGGAAUGAAACUGAACGAUUCACAUGUGAGUGCAAUCACACAACUUCCUUUUCAAUUCUGAUGUCACCAUUUACCUUAUCUAAAGAACAAACCACAGCCUUAGCCUAUAUAACUUACAUUGGUGUGGCAAUUUCAAUGGCCAGCUUGGUUUUGUGCCUCAUCAUUGAAAUCAUUAUAUGGAAAUCAGUAACAAGAAAUGACACAUCCUACAUGCGCCAUGUCUCCAUAGUCAACAUUGCUCUCUCCCUUCUGAUUGCGAACAUAUGCUUCAUCAUUGGAGCAGCAGUUGUAAAUAAUGGCGAGGGUCCCUGCAGUACAGCAACCUUCUUCAUGCACUUCUUUUAUCUCGCCCUUUUCUUCUGGAUGUUUGUCUCAGCACUUUUGCUCCUCUACCGCACCAUCAUGGUCUUUUCAAGAAUGACCAGAGGAGCAAUGAUGGCCAUAGGCUUCACUGUUGGCUAUGGAGCCCCAUUAAUCAUAGCUGUUGUUACUGUGGCAUCUACAGCUGGGGGCCAUGGAUACAUUCAAAAAGAUUACAAUUGCUGGCUAAACUGGAAUAUAACGAAGGCCCUCCUGGCAUUUGUGAUUCCUGCUCUAACUAUUGUUGCUAUAAACCUCCUGGUGCUUGUUGUGGUUCUGUGUAAGAUGUUGAGGAGAGGAGGUUCAACUCAGCCAGAUGAAAAACAUCCUUUAGUGAUCAUUGCUAGAUGUGUGGCGAUUUUAACUCCUCUUUUUGGUCUAACGUGGGGCUUCGGCAUUGGGACCAUGGUGUCACCAAAUUUUGGGAUUCAUGUGGUGUUCGCCUUCCUAAACUCACUGCAGGGUUUCUUUAUUUUGGUGUUUGGAACAUUACUGGAUAGUAAGGUCCGAGAAGCAUUGGCAGGAACGUUCUCACUGAGGAACUUAAGCUCCAAUCGCACUAGGAGUACUAGUGCCGGACCUUCAUCCUCAAGUGGAGUCCCUUUCAUUCAGAGGUUACGGCAUAGAAAUAUGUACAAUGUAUCAAACCCUGGCUUUACAUCUUCAUCCAAUGAUGCAGUUAAUUAGAAUGAAGCUAACAUACUGUACCCAUAUUAUAAGAGUCAAACAUUACAUAGUACAUCUGCAUGCAAAAACUUGUUGUUUAAGAUUUACAAUAUUAAUAAAUAAAAUAAUCUAAUAAAAUGCGCAAUAAGGAAUUAAACCUGGAAUAGUAUAGUAUAGUUGCUUAUAGAGUCAUUUAGCAUAUUUAAGGCCAUUCAUAAUACAAAGCACCAUGCACACACAUUCUAAUGGAAAAAUUCCUUCAUUCUUUAAAUCUUUCUAAUAAAUCUUUCAAUUUUGAACCAAAUUUUAGGGUUGUUAUUAAUUAAAGCUAGAACCUAAAGAAUCUGCAGUUUGAAGCUAUAUAAGUAAUAAUAAGUAAUUAUUUGUUUUGCAAUUUAUUAUGUAUUAUUAUUAUUAUUUAUGCCCACCCUCUCAACAAACACACACACUAAUAUAUUUUUAUAUUAAAAUAGAUUAAUUAAUAAUUCCAAUAAUAAUAAAGUUUAAAUAAUAAUUUUAAAAGCUCUCAUACUUUACAUUGAUUUCUUUCCAACUGAUAUUUUGAUUGUUUUCCGUUUCGAUAAAUUUCUAUUAACAAUUUUCUUAUAUUAUUAUUUUGCACACACUGAUUGUUUCUUCAUUAUUUGACCCUUUCUGUUUAAAAACAUCUCAAGGUUGGUUGGAUGUUGUUACUGUUACUGUGUCUGAAAUAAAUCUUACUUUACAAAUGAA